AGACGUGGGCAGAGUGUGGGGGUAUAGGGAGAGGAGAGAGCGGGAGGGUAGGUAGUAGUGUGUGUGAGGCUGUCAGACAGCAUGGUCUGGGUCUGAGGACAGCACCGGAAGACGCAGCAGCAGCAGCAGCCUGCAGAUCUCCAUGUAGAACCAGUGUGGUGACAUCCACAGAUCACCUGGACCCAUCCACCCGUCAGCACCCACCUGGGGCAACACCCACCUCUUCCAGAGAGGCAAGAGGAAGAAGAAGAGGAGGAGGACGAGGGGGGUGGGUCUGUUUACCUUCUUUUUUUUUCUUUUCUCAGUUGUUUUGGUUUUGGGAGUGGGCUCCGGGCUGGACCGCAUGCAUGACACAACGCAAAGGCGAGAAACCCACCAUCAGCAUCCAGGAGCACAUGGCCAUUGACGUGUGCCCUGGCCCCAUCCAGCCCAUCAAGCAGAUCUCAGACUACUUCCCCCGUUACCCGCGGGGCCUCCCCCCUGCUGCGCCCCACCAAGUGGGCCACGCCGGGCCCCUGUGCUCUGCCCUCUCCACCUCCUCGGCCGCCGCUUCUGCCACAGCCGAAAGUGACCGCCCCAAUGAGGAUAAACCAGACCGGGCUUGUGCCGGAGCCUCCGCCUCCUUACAGGCCACCAAGAGGGACGAGGAGCCUGAUGUGGAGGGAUACGACUCAGAUGACUCCACCACACUGGGGACCUUGGACUUCAGUUUGCUGUAUGACCAGGAGAACAAUGCACUGCACUGCACCAUUAACAAAGCCAAGGGACUCAAGCCGAUGGACUACAACGGCCUUUCCGACCCUUAUGUCAAGUUGCACCUACUGCCAGGAGCCAGCAAGGCCAAUAAACUUAGAACCAAGACCCUGCACAAUACACUCAACCCUGUCUGGAGCGAGACCCUGACCUACUACGGCAUCACCGACGAGGAUAUGGUCCGCAAAACGCUCAGGAUCUCAGUGUGUGAUGAGGACAAAUUCCGCCACAACGAGUUCAUCGGGGAAACGCGAAUCCCCCUCAAGAAACUGAAGCCCAACCAAAUGAAGAACUUCAACAACUGCCUGGAGAAACAGCUGCCUGUCAACAAGACAGAAGACAAAUCCCUGGAGGAGCGAGGACGCAUCAUGAUUUCUCUCAAGUACAACACCCAGAAGUCUUGCCUGGUCGUGGGCAUCAUUCGCUGUGCUCACCUCGCCGCCAUGGACGCUAACGGCUUCUCCGACCCCUACGUCAAAACGUAUCUGAAGCCGGACGAGAACAAAAAGUCAAAGCACAAGACUGCAGUGAAGAAGAAGACGCUCAAUCCUGAGUUCAACGAGGAGUUCUGUUAUGACAUAAAAUAUGCAGACCUCACCAAAAAGACCUUGGAGGUGACCGUGUGGGACUACGACAUCGGAAAGUCCAACGAUUUCAUAGGCGGUGUGUCUCUGGGCAUCAAUGCAAACGGAGAGAGGCUCAAACACUGGUUCGACUGCCUCAAAAACAAGGACAAGAAAAUUGAGCGCUGGCACACGCUGACCAAUGAAUUACCUGGCUCAUUAAAUGACUGAAGACCCACAUCCUGUCAUCAACCUGUUGGCCCCCGUCCCCCACCCCCUCUCCACCAGAUAGGACUCCUGCCUUCAUUUUCCCAACACCUCCUCUUCUUCUCUGGGUUUGUUGGCCACAGCGACCUGAGACACCUCUUUGGGAAUAUACUUCCUCUCAACAGGGCUCAUUUAAAAAUAUCCAGAACCUUUUGUUUGUGUUAAACGGCUCUUUCAUACUUACAAUAGGGGUUGCAUGGCUGCUCAUUUGUUCAAAAUUCAGUCAACAAAAUGAAUCACAGGGAUUGCCAGAGUUGAAUUUUAAGCCUCAUAAUUCUGAUUUCUCAUAUGAUUAGUCAAGAUAAAAAAGGAGCAAAUGAUUUCUAGUCAAUGAGAUCCUUAACUGCAGCUGAAUCAUUUUCCAAUCAUCCAUCAGUCCCUGAAACAGCACAAAAACAGCCUUCAUGCUGCCAUCUUGUUGAUUAAAAAAAAUGAAGAAUCUAUCAAAGGACGUAGCAAAAUUUCACACUGUUGGAGUUUGCAGCAACGUUAAGGGGAACAAUUCUCACCUUUUCAUGUAAACCACUUAUAUUCACUCUGCUUGACUCUAAUAUUUAGCAGCUCAAUAAACAAAUCAGCCACAGAUUAUGUUUUUGUUCGGUAAAUGAAGAUGUGGCACUUUAAUAUUGGUCGUAAAAGUGUUUGACAGCAAAGGUCCUGUUGUUGUUCAGCCUCCUACAGACGUGGCUCCCACACUUUGGGCCCACUACAAGCAGUUUGUUUUGGAAAUUUGGCAAGUCAUUUGGCCAAGUGAGAUCAACGUCAUAGGAGCACAGAAGCUCCUUAACAUGCUGCACAACUUUCAGGCCUUCGUGUGCUUCACACGAGCUAAAUCGUACCGAGACUGAGGCCUUCGGUCCCGGUUAACUGCAGUGGGCUUCGUUUGGAAACACAAUACAAAAUGACUGCAAAAUCUGAGGCCUAACAUGUAUGAGGAGAACGAUGUUGGCAGCUCAUUGGCCAUAAGCUCAUCCGUAAACUGGCAGGAUGACGCGUUACCAAAUUUCUGUCCUAUAAGCAAACCGUUUGGAAUGAAACACAAAGUCCUCCUCGAGGUUCCUCACAGCAAUCCCUGCUUCCCCGUGUGUCUCUGUGUAGACUAAUCAACAUGAGACGACACCAGGUGCCACAGCACCACCUGCUUGGAUUACUCACUGACUUUUCAGUGCAGCCGCUAAUCCGAGGAGCUGCCUGGUUUUGUGGUAAUCCUGAUGUCAAAGCUCCACAAGUCCAUUCAGUCGUCAUACCGAGACUCCAAAGUCGCUGGUUUCUUGCUGACAGCGCAAAAGCGCGGGUAGCCAGUUCAAAUAUGCAUUUAGAAAUCUGAGUAAAACUGGAGAUGAAUCAAAGGCACAAGGCCUCAGUGCUGCUUUCAGUCAGCCUCAGACUUAAAUUUGUGCAGAGGCUCACAGAGUCCAAUUGGAAGGGUCAGUCGAACAAGCGCAGUGAGGCGUUAAAGACGCUUUGAGUCUGUGAUUAGUCGGGAGCUGAAGAGGACGUGGAUGUAAAAGUAGAUCUCGUAUGCACCUUAUGAUCUGUGGAUAAUUUCAGCACAGAGGCGAAAAUGGCGGGAUCGCAUCAUCCCGCAGCCUCGCCUCCCCGUGUGAGAGGCGGAGAGCCUGCUAGGCAGAGACCAGCUGUAAUCAACAACAGGCUGAAGUUCAGUGAGUGAAAAAUCACUCGUCCAAGCCACAAUACUGCAUGAUUGGGCAGCUCUCUGGUUGUGCGUGCAGCUUAUUGUUUACACUACACAAAAUGAGUUUCAACAGGAAAAAAACAACAACAAAAAAACAAAAAAAAAAACAAAAAAAAAAAAACUCGCUGACAGCAUUUUCAACUGUAAUGUGGCUGGAAACGUACCUGCUGUUGUCAAAAGGGCCGAAUUUUAAAAACAGAAAGUUUACGUCAAAUAUAUAUUUAAAAAAAUGAUGAUAAUAACAACAACAAAAGCAUGUAUUGUUUACAACAGCCUAUUGUUGCUGACGUUUGCUGCCGAAAAGGCAAACACACCCUCGCUGAAGUCGAUUGUUCGGUCGUGCAAUGCAAGCUUUGCUAAGACAGGCCGGGGUGAGAAGGGCAGAAUUUUUAAUAUACUAGCCGUGUAUGUAUAAUGUUACUAUGUUGUUGCAUCUGUUGAGGUUUUCCUCUUUUUUUUUGUUUUUUUUUGCUUUAUUUUUUUAAUGUAAGCACCUCCACUAUAAAUGUAUGAAACAGAAUGUACACGUUUGACCCCUUCUAUUCCACAGUAAAUCCUCUAAGAAUGUG